GACUUUGACCGCUAAAACACACACACACAAGCGCUCGCGAAAGCAUGGCUGACCAGGAAGGUAAAGGUAAACCUGAAGGCGAGUUUGCCAGGAGGAUAGACCCUACCAAGGAGAGUCUGACACGAGAGCAGCUGCAGUUCAUCCGGCAAGCGGAACUUGCUCAGUGGAGGAAGAAGAGCCAAAAACUCCGCACCAGAAAUGUCAUAACUGGACUCGCCAUUGGAGCCCUAGUGAUGGGAAUAUAUGGGUAUACAUUCUACUCUGUGUCUCAAGAAAGGAUCAUGGAUGAGAUAGAUGAAGAAGCAAAGGUGGCUGCCAGGAUGCGAAACUCAAAGACUGGAGCGAACUAACUAAAAUUAGAAUUGGUUGCCAAAAGAUGUUUUGCACUGUGGUUUGCACCAAUGAAAGGCAACCGUUUUUUUUUUUUUUUUUGGCCUAUUCUCAAAUGGCUCCCUGCCUCAUCUAUAAGUGAACUACAUAGAGAAUGAAAUAAUUCUAUAUCUUUGUUAUCAGGCUGCCCAUUACUUAUUUCUGGAGAUGUGCAGACGUUUUUUUUUUCCAGUACACUUAGCCUUAAUAUUCAGAUAUCACAUAAAGUGUUGAUUAUGUGUGGUCUAUUUUAACAAGUCUAAACUAGGUGUGUAUACUAAACACUUGUGUAAAAACUACCAUUCCUUGGCUACAAACUACACCAUGGGUCUUUAGUCUUAUCCACAAAGGUUUGACGUACAUUUAAAAUUACGGCAUUUGGCAGACGCCCUUAUCCAGAGCGUCUUAGAUUAUUUUCAUGUAUACAGCUGAGCAGUUGAGGGUUAAGGACCUUGCUCAAGGGCCCAGCAGUGGCAGCUUGGCAGCGCUGGGAUUUGAGCUCACGAACUUCCUAUCGGUAGUCCAUCUUAACCACUGUGGUUUUUCAUUCUGAUCAAGCAGGAACACACUUUCUGGAUAAGGUUGAAGAUCCCUGAACUAGUUAGCCUUAUUAGAACUGAUUAUAUUAUCUAAUAAGAACAUUAACUAGACAUGAAUUCUAGUGUUUGAGGUACAGCAUAAAUUUCCUGGAGCAGAAUAGGACUGCAAUGAGCCAGUGCAAAACUCUGUCCAGAAUGGAGCCAUUUGAGACUCAGCAAUAGAUUCUUCAAGACUACCAGAUGCUCCUCUGUUCAUUCAUGAAGAUUUGUAUAAGAAAGCCACAGACUGGAAGAACAAUUAUGUCUUGAAUGAAAAUUACAGUCAAUAAUUGUGAGGAUAAUUGAAUCAAUGUACCACAAGAGGGCACUGCUAAACCUUAUGCUCCAUGGAAAGUGAGUGUUCUCUGACACAGGGUUCAGCGCUGCAUAGACCUUUGGCCAUAUAAUGGAAAAAAUGUUGAUGAAAAGUUUAAAUGGUAAAUAAUAUUAAGCUGUAAAGGUUUUGUUUUUUGCAACCUAAAUAAAUGUCUGAUAUUUGCCAUA